UGAAUCAAGAGAAGUAAAACAUUCGAAAGUGAGACUUGUAAUCUUAUAUUUGAUGCCUCAACUUACCAACUUAAAUUUACAUUUAUGUUGUGAGAAAUGUGACGUAUAGAAAAAGAGAGUAAUAUUGAUCAGCUGAUUCGGAUGUUUUGGAAAAUUGUAUAAUUUUGUACACUUAAAAAAUAGGCAAAGGCGCAAAUUAUAACUGAAACAGGUAUAUAUUUUCGUUCUAAUAAUUAAACUUUACGUAGACAAUGAUGGAUGUAUCACUGGAGGAAGACAUGCCAGCAGAAUUUAGGGGCGGGACGCUGCGUCUUAACAAGACUACAGAUACUUCGGGCCAAAAUUUGCUAAAUUCGAAUGAGAACGAAAAGUCAACAAAUACACAGUGCAACAGUGGCGACAAAAAUAGUUGUUAUUGGGGUUCAUUGCCGAUUCCUUUAUCUGCUUUAUCAAAUAAAAUUACGGAGACUCUAUGGGUAAGCCCAAAACCAAAAGCUGUCACUCCCGUGCAAGAAACACCACACCAAAGCCUCCAGCCCAGGGUAAACAUCAAUCAAGAUGCCAAUAACUUUUUCACAUAUCGUGAUGGUGUUGCUGAGAGAGCCGCCCAAGAGUGUGUAGAAGAGUUUUUAGAUUUAGAAACUGAAGGACCAUUAAUUGCUACAUUUUUACUUACACAAAUAAACCAUUGGGACACAGACAAAGAAAGACUUAUUUUGCUAACUUCCAAAAUACUACUUGUAGUAAAAUACGAUUUCAUCGCUCUUAAAAGGCUUAAUUACAAAAAACUACCACUGGAAGACAUCGAAGCUAUUAUAAUAGGUGAUCUAAUUUAUCCAAAUGGCUCACUGAUUCCCAAAAUUAACGGAUUAGCAGAUGGCAUUUCCAAUAUUUUAGAGAAUUGCCUGUUUAAGCAUAUGUCAAGUGAAAAUCAGCAGUUUGAUAAUUUUACUUCGCCUACUAGGAAUCGUAACAUGAAAGGGAUCCGUAUUUUAUUUGGCAAAGGAAAGCCGGUGCAUUUUGCUUCUAAAUGGAAUCCAUUUAAGGAAGAUAUACCUAUCUGGACUUUUACAUUUCAUCCUCUAUAUUUUCAUAAAGAUUGUACUGAUGAAAAUCUCAGAAAACUUUAUGAUUCGGAAUUUUUUACUGAUGAACUAUGCAGAACCAUGAUAAUCCUCAACAAGACCAACGAAAACCGAAUUUUACAUUCUAACAUCCUAUUGGAGAGCUACGUCGGGUUGGGCGCCAUUAUUCACAAUCGAAACGAUUUGGGAUUUUUUAAAGUGAGAGGCAAGUUUAGUUUUUAAGACGAUUACCUCCCCACCAAUCUAAAUGUGAUAUGAUUUGGUCAAUUAUGGAUAUAAUUGUAACGGUUCCUGUUUUAAUUUAUAGUCUUUUUUAUGCGUAUUAUUAUAUUGCAUGAUCUACUUACCUGUUAUUAAUGUGCCAAACCACCUCCCCGAAAUAAUCAUUAUUGGAUACAUAUCUUUUUUAGAAGUUGUGUAAUGUAAUAAUCAUAUUUACACAAAUUUUAGAGAAUGCACCGUUAAAAUGUAUAACAAAUGUCAAAUGUUAUAGAUGUGGCCUAAUGUUUAAAUAAAUAACUAACGAGA